AAGUGAGAUAUGAAAAGAUGAUGGAACUGAUGAAGAUGCAUUAUCAACAAGUCAAUGCACAGAAAUCUGUUACUGUUUCAAAUGAAGAAGCACAGCCAUCUACUUCAAUAGAAAAAAAUUAUUGGGCAAGCGAUGACGAUGAUGAAGAAGGUGAAGAGGAAGAGGAAGAAGAAGAAGAAGAAGAGGGGGAAGAAGAAGAAGAAGAAGAAGAAGAAGAAAGUAAAUAGUUACAGAAUCUAAUAGGACAACGUAUUGAUAUUAUCUACUAGAAUCGCAUAUAGAUGAAACCUCUUUUACAUCCACAAUGGACAUAGAUCCACCACCGAUAGCAAAUAGCAAUAAUAGCAAACUAAAUAAGCAAUGUUCAUACUGUGGCUCAAAGAGUACACCCAUGUGGCGACGAGGUCCAGAGGGUGCGGGUACACUCUGUAAUGCCUGUGGUGUAAAAUGGAAACAUGGCAAAAUACUUUGUGGGACAGAGUAUUUCCCACCACCUUCGAGCAGUAAUAGCUAUAAAAAGAGAACAAGCACAGAAAAAAAGAAGAGAAAGUAUAAAAAGAGAGUAAAAAAGGAAGAACCUAAACAUGAAGAGACAAUGAAAUCGAAUCAUAAAAGGGCAGCAGCCACAGCAGCCACAGCAGCUAUUGCAGCAGGAAAUAGAUAUUGUUAUGAUCUUGAUGUAUUACUGGAUGGUGAAGAACAACAACAAGAAAAGGAUUUACCCAUGACUGAGUCUGUAAAGAAUCAUCGACGUAGACAUACAACUGAUAUUUCAAUGAUUCAAAAGUUUGGAUUAAAUUCUUUUGAUACAGGUGUAGACGUAGUUGAAGCGGCAGCAGUUUUAACCUUAUUAAAAAGAAGUUAGAUUCCCUUCUUCUUCUCCCUUGUAAAUAAAGGCAUUUAAUGGAUAUUAUUUUUUAUUGUCAUAAUUAUUUCAUUCUUUUCACUUUAUGCUCUUAAAGACAAGUGAAAUA